UUGGAACGGCGCAAGCGCAGUGGGCGCUCCCGCCACAUCGAGCAGAAGGAGCAGCAGCGGUGGCAGGCCGAGGCCCAGGCCCAGGCUGCACGGGGAGAGCGGCGGCACCAAGCUGAGGCCCAGGCUGCACGGGGAGAGCGGCGGCACCAAGCUGAGGCCCAGGCUGCACGGGGAGAGCGGCGGCAGGCCCAGAUACAGGCUAAUUCUCUAUAGAACUCCUUCAUCGAACCGCUCCAGCACAUUCUCAGGCAGUGCAUUGAAGAUCCUAAUCACUCAUGGCACUCUGGCCACGCCAGCUGUUACUGAGAAAGGGAGUUGUUUUCGAUCAAAGCAAAUUUCCUCACCAUCAAAACAUCGGGACUCUGCUACACUGGUGUGCUCAACAACAAUGGCCACUGAAGAUAAAAAAUCUGAGUCAGAGUGCACAAAAACACAGUCAAUACCUUCUUCCUCUAAUCAAAACAAGCCUUCUGCAGUGAAACCAAAUUAUACCUUGAAGUUCACACUGGCUGGACAUACCAAGGCUGUGUCAUCAGUGAAGUUCAGUCCAAAUGGAGAAUGGCUGGCAAGUUCCUCUGCUGACAAACUGAUUAAAAUCUGGGGUGCUUAUGAUGGCAAGUUUGAGAAGACCAUAUUAGGACACAAACUGGGAAUCUCAGACGUUGCCUGGUCCACAGAUUCAAACCUGCUGGUGUCUGCUUCAGAUGAUAAAACCCUCAAAAUUUGGGACGUGAAUUCGGGCAAAUGUUUGAAGACGCUGAAAGGUCACAGCAACUAUGUUUUCUGCUGUAACUUCAACCCUCAAUCAAAUCUAAUUGUCUCUGGAUCGUUUGAUGAGAGUGUACGAAUCUGGGAUGUGAAGACUGGCAAGUGCCUGAAGACGCUGCCAGCACAUUCUGACCCAGUAUCUGCUGUACAUUUUAACAGAGAUGGAUCUCUCAUUGUCUCCAGUAGCUAUGAUGGGCUGUGCCGCAUUUGGGACACUGCGUCUGGCCAAUGCCUUAAAACCUUGAUUGAUGACGAUAAUCCUCCUGUGUCCUUCGUGAAGUUCUCCCCAAAUGGGAAAUAUAUUCUGGCCGCAACACUUGACAACACACUGAAACUUUGGGACUACAGCAAAGGAAAGUGUUUGAAGACCUACACAGGACACAAAAAUGAAAAAUACUGCAUAUUUGCCAACUUCUCAGUUACUGGUGGCAAGUGGAUUGUCUCAGGAUCUGAGGACAACUUUGUGUAUAUCUGGAACCUCCAGACAAAGGAGAUAGUGCAGAAACUACAAGGUCACACAGAUGUUGUGAUCUCCACAGCCUGUCACCCAACAGAAAACAUCAUUGCGUCGGCAGCACUGGAGAAUGACAAGACAAUCAAACUUUGGAGGAGUGACUGUUAGAGAGCAACAGAGCUUCCCUUGGAAAAAUACAUCCUGUCCCAGCCUCUCUGACAUGGGGACAGGCUUCUCAAACUCCUGAUGUCUGAGACUCUAGAUUCUGUCUAAACUGGUGACGAGGGAUUGCAGACCCAGUGGGAGCAUUGGAACAAAUCCAGUUUUUACUGUAGAUUCAUAACACUUAACAAAUUAUUGUACAUUUAAAAAAAAUACAUGUGCACGCACAGCCUGCGCCUACACACAGAUGUGCACACAUACCUGUGUAUACACACAACUAACGUUUUUUUCUAGUGACCAAAUCACUUGUGGUUUCCCCCAUCUGGUUUCUUGUGAAAACUCAUUUUUUAAAAGCAGGUUUAGUUGUUGGUAGGAUGUUUUUGUAAACUUAACAUUGACAGCUGCAAGUUUAAAUUAGACAGUUAACCAGCUUGUCUUUUAAAUCCUUUUAUUUGUGUGACUCCUUGUCUUUUUUCCCAUCCCCCACCCUCCCCAACCAUUGCUCAUUGUGGCCCCAGGUAACUGACCAGCCACUGACUGGUCACUGCCCUUGACUCCAGUGAGCUUUCUUAAUUUGCCACGGGAUUCUGGUUUGGCACUCCCCUCCUGCCCAGCCACAGAUCACGUGUGUGAUAUUGGAAGAUUGAGCCUGGUAGACCUGUCCUCAGUGCUGUUGUACCCAGAUCUCCCCCAGCAGUAUUCAGCUCUUGUAGCAUCAGUAACAGCAUUGGUGACUAUGGUCUUCCUGAGAACAGUCUCAGGACUCAGUGCUACCACUGAGGCUCCUGACUUGAUCUUCGCCCACAUUGGAUCAUAUUUGCAGACAGCUCAGUCUGUGGAUAAUGUCAUGUUGUACGUGCAUCAAGCCCACCAAAGGGGAUGCUUCUGAUUCUCCCAGCUCUGUCAUUCGAUCAUUAAUCCUCAAGAUGUCAGACUCUGGUCAUUGUGAUUGGUUUCCACAGACUUUGUACUGUCAGCAAGGGUCAUACCCAGGAUGUGGUUACUCUGCUCCAGACCCCAGUUUCAAAUUUUGAGAAUAACUGCGAUCUAAUCUCCAUAGCAACCUCAAGCCUAGAAAUUCACCCUGUUGUUACUGCACUGCAAGGGCAUAUUGUUCACCUUUUUAACUCACUUCUGGACAUUGUAAUCCAUGCCCAUGCAUGGUUCAGGGUCAGCAGUUCUGUAGAUGUGGGACAGGGGAACACAGCAGCACCGGUCCACUCCCUGCUUUGUUGGCAAGUGCAGGUAAGUUGUGCUGACAAUGAGUGGAAAACGUGGAGCUGGUUGAGGCACCUGGCAACACUUUUACUUCCCGGGAAAGGACCCUUUGAAAUGAGCUGACGUCACCGAGCACAAAUGCAAGAAGGAUUUCUUAUUUAAACUAACUGAGCGACGGGGCCAGGUUCAUUGCAGCUUCUGAGUUGAAGUUCAUGUGCAGGAAGACAUGGGGAUAUUGAAGGCUUGGUUGGAAAUGGAUGCUGAAAUGUUUCCCCCCCAAACCUUGCCCAGUGAUCUCCAGUGCUGACAGCUUUUCCUGGACAUGCUUUCUACAGGGCCUUGUGACUGUGUGGAGCCAAUAUCUUUUAAAAUGUCAGUUUGUUUGAGUUACUGACAGUCCUGUGUAAUCUACAGACACAGGAAAUCACUUCUUCCCGGUACUUGUGAAUAGUCCAAUAAUUGUAAUGAUCUCUCGUGGUUGUCGAGACUUUCAGCCUGUCUGAGAUUUGGAUGUAAUUUUACCCUCUAUUUCCAGCUAAUACAAGAGGUUUGAUCAUAAGAAAAA